AUGAACUCGCUGGUGGUGUUAUUAUCUUUGGCAGCGUUAGCCGCCGCCAAGCCCUCAGGCCUUCUUACGGGUCCCGCAAUCACCUACUCUGCCCCGCUGAUCGCAGCUGUCCCGGCAGCCGUAUCUCACCAAUCUCGAUUGGACAUCAAAUCAUCUCCGGCCAUCGUAUCAACUGCAGCCGUAGCUCCGAUCGCCGUCCGCACCGCCUUAGCUCAACCGACUGUCUUCGCUGCACCAGCAGCUGUCGUUGCCCCCGCAGCCGUCUCCAGCCAGUCGCGUCUUGACAUCAAGUCUACUCCGGCCGUUACCAGUACGUUAGUUUCUGGUGCUCCUCUGGCGUACAGUGCAAUCAGCGCCCCAAUCACCACUGCUGCAAUUACACCUUUUGCUGCAACGGCCAUCGCACCUGCUCUUCUGAGUACAUUUACACCUGCUAUUGCGGCACCCUCUUUUGUUAAGACCGCUCAGCUAGUACCGGCCGCAAUCGAAGCACCAGCAGUCCCUCUUGACACUCCAGAAGUGGUCGCUGCUCGUGCCGCUCACCUGGAAUCUAAAGCUCAGGCUGACGCUCACGUAGUCCACAAGCGUUCAGUUGUUGCUUCAGUGUACUCCACUUCUUUGGGUGCUCCAGUGGUAUCGACAUACUCAGCAGCUCCUGUUGUCUCCACCCACCUCACAUACUCUGCUCCUAUCGUCACUCCCCUUGUAACGAAGACUUAUGGAAUUCAUACUUGCGUUAUACGAGUAUAUAAACAUCAGUCAACACGGAUUCUGCAUCAGUUUCUCAAAGCCAGUAGAUCAACACAGACCACAAUGAACAAGCUGGUGGUGUUGUUUUCAAUCUUCGCGGCCGCCGUCGCCAAGCCCAGUGUGGUGGCUCCUUUGGCCUACAGCGCUAUCGUGCCUGGAGUUAGUUCGCUGUCCCAGUACAGCACCAGUGUGGUCCACGGAUCGCCUCUGGUAGCUCCUGCUUUGUACAACGCUGCACUCGUCGCUCCCGGUGUGGUUCCUGCAGUCGCCGCCCUCUCUCAAGCCCCGCACUCUCCUGCUGUCGUCCUGGAUGCUGUUAACGGUGUCCCUCUCGACACUCCUGAAGUCGUCGCUGCCCGCGCCGCUCACUUCCAGGCAAAAGCUCUAUCUGGCUACCACCACCUCCGCAAGCGGUCUGCCGUCGCUCCCGUGGCCUACAGCUCCGUCGUCUCUCCCCUUGCCUACUCUUCCCCUGUAGUCUCCGCCUAUUCAGCUCCCUUUGUAUCGGCAUAUUCUACUCCUGUAGUUUCUCCUGUUUCCCUAUACCCUAAAGCCCUUAGCGUCCACCCAUGUUUCUUGUAUUCUCUUGAUCAUCAAACACAGACCACAAUGAACAAGCUGGUGGUGUUGUUUUCAAUCUUCGCGGCCGCCGUCGCCAAGCCCAGUUUGGUGGCUCCUUUGGCCUACAGCGCUAUCGUGCCUGGAGUUAGUUCGCUGUCCCAGUACAGCACCAGUGUGGUCCACGGAUCGCCUCUGGUAGCUCCUGCUUUGUACAACGCUGCACUCAUCGCUCCCGGUGUGGUUCCUGCAGUCGCCGCCCUCUCUCAAGCCCCGCACUCUCCUGCUGUCGUCCUAGAUGCUGUUAACGGUGUCCCUCUCGACACUCCUGAAGUCGUCGCUGCCCGCGCCGCUCACUUUCAAGCGAAAGCUCUGUCUGGCUACCACCACCUCCGCAAGCGGUCUGUCGUCGCUCCCGUGGCCUACAGCUCCGUCGUCUCUCCCGUCGCCUACCCUUCGCCUGUAGUCUCCGCCUAUUCAGCUCCCUUUGUAUCGGCAUAUUCUACUCCUGUAGUUUCUCCUCUUUCUCUAUACCCCAAAACCGUUGGCCUCCGAGCAUGCCCCAAGAUAUCCACCGCCAAGAUGUCCACCACCAAGAUGUCCGCUACCAAGAUAGCCGCCACCAAGAUGUCCGCCACCAAGAUGUCCAGCACCAAAAUAUCCACCACCAAGGCUUCCAACACCAAGAUGUCCAGCGCCGAGGAGUACGGGACUGGCGACGAAAGACUUUUGAUAGUGUGUGCUUUAUUAGCUGUCGCGGCUGCUGAGCCUGGAGUCUUCCUGACGCCUCCCGUGACGUCCCUAACAACUGUGGUUUCUCCGGGAUCUACAACCAUCAGUAAGCUGGCCAGCAGCGUCGUGCAUCCCUCACCCUUGGUCUACUCUACACCGUAUGGCUACACUCAUUUCAUCAAGAAGCGGUCUGCUCCCUUAGCGCAUGCUGCGUAUAUCGCUCCUGUAGCAUACUCUGCUAUUUCUCCCGUCGUAGCAACCACCUACCACGGUAAAACUCCUCUCCUGGCUUCGACCUCCUACGUUUCUUCGACUCCUUUAAUCUCGCAACCUAUUGCGUAUUCCGCUCACUUUAUCAAGAAGCGCUCUCCACAAUGGCCCGUGAGCUACAUCGCUCCUAGCUCCUACAUCACUCCCAACACCUACAUCGCAAGUGGCCCUCUUGGAGCCACUACCUACACGACACCCUUCGUGCAGACCGUGCCGAUCGCAUCGACUGCAUCACUUCCCGUCGCAACUCAUCUGAUCAAGAAGAGGUCUGCACCCGUUCUGGCCACAACUUACACCGCACCUACUACUUACACCGCCGCUCUGCCAGGAGUUUUUUCUCAUCAAUCCAACUACAAUUUGCACGGCGCUCCUCUUGUUACAUCUUACACACCUCUGGUGUACUCUGCUCCAAUUUCAACUCAUUUGUUGAGAAUUACACACGCAACACAGACCACUUACAGAAUGAUGAAGCUGGUGGUGUUGUCCUGCAUGUUGGCGGCCGUCUAUGGCGGACUCGUGGCGCCCAUCGCCUACACCGCACCGCUUGCAUACACCGCACCGUUGAUCGCGCCUUUCGGCAACUACAGAGGGCCGCUGUCCCUUGCCCCCGGCCAGCCCGCCAACGUCCUCGGCGCCGACGGCAGGCCCCUCGACACUCUCGAAGUUAACUUGGACCGCGCGGCGCACUACACCAGCAAAGCUCUCGGCGUCCACCUGUUGAAGAAGCGCUCUGCCGUCAUCGCACCCAUCAGCACCGUCGCCGUCGCACACUCACCACUGAUCACCCCGGUCGCUCACAUCGCCUACAGCGCUCCCCUCACUACUCCCCACUAUGCACCUCUAACCUACGCCGCUGGCCCCAUUGUGCACUGGUAGAUUAAUCGAAUUGUUAGUAAGUUGACAAAAUGUAAAUAUCCGAAACAAAAUAAACGACAAAUUCAUUUUC